AUGGUACAAAGGAAUACUUUUGAGUUUGUCUACAAAUACUACACCCAUAGGAGAAAACACUACCCUUCAGAAUAUUUAGAAGAGGAAGAAGAUAAGUUCUGUAAUUUGCAUCCUCAAAACCCCAACACCCAUCUACAGAGGUCUCUACUUCUUAAUGAGAAUGAAUGUGUCCUAAAGCUUGAGGCCAUGAAAGCAAAUGUGGGGACAGCCUGCUUGGAGAUUUCCGUGUGGCAUGAUAUCCACCGCAUUGAGUGUUUACCUCCCCCACCCCCCUCCACCACUUGGUCUCCUCUGGGUGUGAGGCCACCACAGCGGGUGAGCUGCGCCCACAUCUACAGAGCCCUGAACCAGACAGCCUGCAAGAUCAACCUGGCCAAGUUCACCCACAGCAAGUGCUCCAUCCUCAUGGUGACUGACCUGGCAGCCUGGGGCCUGGACAUCAUGCUGCUUCAAAAUGUCAUUAACUUCAGCUUCCCAGCCAAGGGCAAGCUCUUCCUGCACUGUGUGGGUUGUGUUGCCUGGGCUGGCCGAAGUGGCACAGCUUACUCCUUGGUGGCCCCAGAUGAGGUCCCCUACCUGCUGAACCUGCACCUGUUCCUGGGCCAUGCCUUUACCCUCGCCCGCCCCCACAAGGAGCCCUCAGGUGUGGUAGCAGGUAUGGACAGCGUGCUCGGUCAGGUGCCACAGAGCAUAGUGGUUGAUGAGGACUAUGGCCUGGGGAACACCCUGGAGGCAUCUCUGGAGCUGUGGGGCCUGGGCCGCGUGGCCAACAACACCCAGCAGCAGUACAUGCGCUCAUGGCAGGCGCCCUUGCCAGAGUCCAUCAAAGAGGCCAAGGAGCUGGACCCUGCACGGCUGGGCCUGAACCCCCUCUUCAGCUUGAGCUUUGAGGAGAAGGAGCUGCAGUAGCUGAGGCUGGUGGACAGCAUCAAGCAAUACCGAUCCUGGGCGACUAUCUUUGAGAUCAACGCCUCCAUCUGGGACCUGAGCAGCCAGGUGAUGUGGACCAAAUGGCAGAAGGACUGCAGGGCCAUCACCAGCUUCCAGCAGGGUCAGCAGGAACGACAGGAGGCAGCCCUGAGCUGCCCAGCAAGGCAGGUGGUACAGCCUGGGAAGGAAGAGGAGGAGGAGGAGGAGAGAGAGGAGAAGGAGGAGGAAGAGAGCAUGGAGGAUGUCUUCACAGAGGUCAUGGGCCAGAAGUGGCAGCAGCCCGGAUCUGAGCGGGGAGCCAAGAGGCAGAAGGAGGAGGCCUGGCCACUGGACCAGUAUUUCUAUGUCCCCUAUCAGCCCAAGGACUUCAACAGUGAACGGGGCCUGAGCGUUGGUGGGGACAGGGGCACCUUUGAGCAGCAGGUGGCUGGCGCUGUCCUGAACCUGAUAGGGAACGAGGCCCAGAACCUGACUAGGGGCUGGCAGCUGCUCACGUGGGACCGGAAGAAGAAGCGGUUUGCGGAACAGUCAGGACAGGAGGACAAGAAGAAGAUCAAGACAGAAAGUGGUCACUUUAUCAGCAAUUCCUACAAGCGGGAUGUCUACCAGAAGUGGAAACAGAAACAGAAAAUUGCCAUAUGCUCAACGCCUGAGCCCCAGGGGGCCACCAGCCGUUGGCCCUGUCAGCGCUGCUGUUUUGGCCAGAUCUGUCUGAAUGAUAUUGAGUUAGAGUUGCAUUCUCAAUGUAAAUCAAAUUGGUAUGGUUAUUCCCCAAAUGAAGGGAAAAAUUUUCAAGUAAUGCCAGAUAAACAGAUGUCUACUUCACUUAAACCUUGGAACCUUAGAGAAAAGAAACUGAAGUGA